UAGUCGGGCUCCUUGUCAGUUGCAGCGGCCUGCGCCAGGGGGAUUAGCUAGGGUUUAACGAGCCGCAGCGACCACCAUGACGGCCACAAACGCGGCGACGGCGGCGGCGUCGGACGCGGAGGCCAGGAGCAUACUCGAGCGGGCCGCGGCGGCAUCCUUCCCGCCUCUCCACGCCGUCCACCACCUCCUCUCCGUCGGGGUUUGUGUGCGAUGCAUCUUUCGCAUGUUUGGAGCCUUUAGCCAUGCCUGCUCAUGUGCGUCUCUUACGGUCUCUUUCUUCCAUUCAUUUCUUGAAGAGCAUGAUGAUUCCGCAAAAGGCGGGUCUUGCUCAUGUUUGUCAACGGAUGAAGCAUGCUGCUCUAUUUGCUUUGGAAUAUUGCUACCCACCUGCCAUAAGGAUGAGGGUGUAGUACUGUUUGAUGACAUUUCUCGUAUCGACAUAAUUACUUCAAUGGUAUCUCAAGCAAUACAAAGAGAGGGUUAUCAAAUUGAUGGGUUUUCUUUAGAAAUUUCACUGCCUGCAGUUGUAGCAGCGAAUGAACGUGCCAUCAGGUUAUAUAUGAAAGAAAAAUAUGGCAGUGAAAAUUGGUUCAAGGACGAAAUAUUUUCUCAACAAACGAUGUCAGUGAAGGAGGGUCUGAGACUGCUGAUAGUACCAUCGCUCGAGAAACAACUGGGUGUUAAGCACGGUGACAAUUCAUUUCGAAUUCGCUUAACAUAUACUCAUGAUGAUGCUUCACUGAAGCUCAAACGUUUAUUGCCAAAUGACAGUAACCGUAAAAGGAAAGCAGAGUCAAGAGAAGGAAAUGAUACUAGAAGGAACUCAACAUAUGAUGAUAAACAGACAUUAAGUGAAACAGAUUCAUUCAUCCACAAGUCCCUCGAGGGUAUUCAAGAUCAAGAAUUCUGUAGUUUAUUUGAGUUGCCUCCUGAAAAGGUGUCCAAACCUUGCCAUCUUGUGAUGACCUUCCUAAGGUCGCCCAUAUAUAUUGGCGGAAGAUACUUGAAGCUUUCAAGAAAUGUCAGUCAGUCAUGUUGGAUAAUUGAUGAUGAAAGAAUGGGGGAAGCAUCAGUUGAGGAGAUAAUUAAAGAGAGUGUAUGUGCCAUCUCCAGAGGUGAUGGCUACAAGUUCCAUGCUGCUGGAAGAGAAGAUAUCGAUGUACGGAUGCUUGGAUCUGGUCGUCCAUUUCUAAUUGAAGUCCUGAAUGUGCGAUCGAUUCCAUCUGCGAUUGAAAUUCAACAAAUUUCUGACAAGAUUAAUAGCUCCGAAAAGAAACAUGUCAGAAUUAGAAAUCUCAAGUUGGUAGACAAUGAAAUAUGGGCCAUGAUGCGUGAAGGGGAAGCAGAGAAGCAGAAGCAGUAUGCUGCCCUCAUAUGGACUUCUAGUCCUCUGACGGAUGAUGACCUGCAGAAAAUUUCUGUUAUUAAGGAUAUGGAAAUUGUACAAAAUACCCCCGUAAGGGUUCUUCACCGAAGAAGCCCGUUGGAGCGGAAACGGAUUAUACAUUGGAUGGAGAUUGAGAAAGUUGAAGGCAGCUCAAACUAUUACUUGUUGCAUCUCUGCACUCAGGCAGGAACAUACAUUAAGGAGUUUGUGCACGGUGAUCUUGGACGCACAAAUCCGAGUAUUGGUUCCAUGCUACGUUGCAGAGCCGAGAUACUGCAACUCGAUGUCACGGACGUUAAGAUGGACUUGCUGCAAUAGUAUGCUGCUGCCACAUGAUACCAUUUGGGGCAAUUAUAUUGGUAGAAGAGGCGCGCUGAUAAGCCAAGAUUCCCGCGGGAACCGCUGGCAAGUGCGCUAGGAAUGACGAAUCGUUUUUCUUUUCAUCGAGUGUGUAACUGGAUGUCAAUUGGAAAAUGUACAGCAGCCAGGGGAAACCAGCAACAAUUUUGAGAAACUGGGGGGAAUUUGGCCCCGUUCAGCUCUAAUGUUUGCCUGUGCCCAGCAACAAUUUAGAGAAAGUUGAGAAACUGAACCAUUCGGCCCCAAUGCUUUAUCUGUUUUGCCACCACGUGUUGUGCUGCUAAACAUUUGUAUUCCCAGAUUUUUUUGACGGAGCUACGGCGGGCUUAUGCCGGCCUGAACCAUUUCAGAUGAUAUUCAUUGAGCAGCAUCACAUGGACGACAGAACAAAUUUGAUAUUGAGAAUUUACUGCAGUGAGGCUGAUACUCAA